CACAUGUGGCGCCUGUUUAGUUUCACUUCCGCGUUUGAACAGAAACCAUCGAAUCCUUUAAUUAAUGCGAUCAGUUUAACGCGAACAUACUCACAAUUUUAUUUUUUCAACGUCUCAAAGUCGAUACCCUGCAGAUCUGUUGACGAGAUGUUAUUUAGCGUUGUUUAAGGGCGCUGGUGUGACAGUUUGACAGGGAGAAACUGACAUCCCAAGACUCGGUGGGCACAACUAGACAACUAGUUUACACACAUUUACUUUUAUUUUAUUUACGGUGAACCCAGCUAUACGGUUUCUGCGCACUUUGAAAGGUAUCAUGUGGCUGUCAAUGAGAAUAAUCACCCCCCUGUUCCUACUACUUGGAGGAGUCCAAGGAAAAGACAACAUUGAGAACUGCAAGCUGCUUUCAGAAAGUGAAUCAGCGAAGAAAGCGCUCCGUCUGCUAGAGCCUCUCACCCAAGAAAACUUUACCGUGGAUGUUAAAGAAGAAAAAUAUUCCUACACAUUCCGGGUGUGCGGUGAUGUGGAUGGACAAACAAAUGCAGGCCUUGUGCAGUUGAAAGACGGUGGAAAGAAUGUUCGAAUUGGAAACUACAAUCAAACACGAGUUAUUGGAGGAAGUGACUGGAUUCUGCUUAUCUAUGAAGGAGGAGAGAAAUAUGACAGCCAUUGCUCUGGAGAGGCCAGAAAAGCCAUGGUUAUGAUUUCGUGCAGCAAAGAUGAAAAGGGUAAAUUCUCAGUGGUCCUGGAAGACAGGGAAAAGCAAUUGGACUGCUAUUACUUGUUUGAGCUUGAUACCAGUGCAGUGUGUCCUGUAAUCCCAUCCAAACUCAGCGCUGGAUCCAUAUUCCUCAUUGUUGUAUUCUGCUGCCUGUCUGUAUAUAUUCUUGGUGGAUUCCUCUAUCAGCGACUGGUGGUUGGAGCCAAGGGAGUGGAACAGUUCCCCAACUAUGCCUUUUGGUCAGAGAUCGGCACCUUGUCUGCUGAUGGAUGUGAUUUUGUUUGUCGUUCUCGUGGUAACAGAGAAGAACCACCUACGUAUAGAGGUGUUGGCACUGAACCUCUAGAAGAGGAGCAGGAGGAAAGGGAUGACCAUUUACUCCCCAUGUGACCAAAUUAUAACAACCAAUGAAAAAUAGCUGGACAGUUAUUAAGUGUUGAAACCCAAAGAGGGAUGUUCAUUUCAGGUGUGUUUGUAUGUGCUUUUUUCUUUUUUACUUUCCAGUAGCCACUUAUUCUGUAUUUAUCCCUCAAAUUGCUGAUUGUUACCUGUCUAAAGUUGGAAAUUCGUUUUUGAAAGUCCAAAGACCAGGUAAUUUGAUAUUAUAAAAGACUAUCAUCACAAUGCAACACAGGCCCUGUUUUCAUACAUGCAAGUUCUUUUUUUUUUAGUUUAAUUAAAGCCCUUAAGUCCAGUUUUACAUGUGAACAUGAGUUUGACAAAACUGAAAAUAAGUUUUUAAGCUUUUGCUUCACCAGCCACUAGAAAAACGGAGAUAUUUGAAAACUUGUUGCUUUGAUUUCUAGGUGUUUAAGAAAGUAAUAAGUAAAAUUAUCGAUCGCUAUACAUGCACGUAUGUUUUUACCCGCACAUUCUUGCUUUACCAAUCCAAAAUUCCUGUUUGUUGUGAAAUUUUGUGUUUUGUGCUCUAGUGAGGACCUUUCAUUCUUUCAGUCUGUUACACCCUUAUUUUUAAAUAUUAUUUACGGUUAAGUGGUAUAAACCAUUUGACUAAAAUAGCAGCUUUACGGAUUAUUAAAACAUCUGUCCUGACCAGAGAGAACCUUGUAUGGCACACACUGUUAUUUGACAACAGUUAAGAGUUUGCAGUGAAACUAAAUGUGACUGUACUUUACAUUAUAAAUGUUGUGUUAAUAUGAUUUCUUUUAGCCGGUGUCAGCCUUCAUACAGUAUAUUAACACUGUAAAUCCUUAAUGGAAACUACAGUACAAAAUUUCAAACUGAUAGAGCCGCAGUAUAUUUUUCGGUUAAAGCUUCAUUUUUUGUGUGUUUUACUCCAACUGUGUUUUUAGUGAAGUUACUUACACACUACACUCUUAAGCAAAGGUGUUUCGUGAUCCCAUAUAGAAGAACCUACCUUUUCCAGAGUUUUUCUGUUUUACUUAAGGUAGGCUACUUUAGAGUAUGAAAAGUAAGAACCUAUGAGUGAUUGAUUCUUCUAUAGCAUCGCUGUGAAGAACCAUUUGUAUCACCUUCCUUUUAAGCGUGUAUACUGUGAAACUUCAUUGUUUAUACCUAAACAACCCUGAUUUUAAGGCAUAGAUUAUAGCUUAUUUAAGAAAUCAGAAGGAUCAAAGCUGACAUGGUUAUACAUCUAAGCCAAACAUGAUGCUGCAUUUUUGUGUAUCAUUGGAGAGGUGGUCUACUGUAACGUAAACACUUCUCAGAGUGGAAAUGUUCUGGAAUCAUGACUCUGAUGACUCCAAACUACUUCAUUUUAUGAGAGACAUGCCUGUGUAGAAGGACUUUCCUGUUUUUACUGCUUUUUCUUUAAAACUUUAGUAUAAAAAUAACACUGUAUAAGUACAUAUAAAUAAAGUUUGGUUAGUAAUA